UGGGCCGUCACGGCCUUCGAAAAGCCGCACUUCCCGACUCUUCCGUUUUAUAAAUCAUUCACCUCUCCACCAACCCCUCUCGUAGUUUCCGCCUCCUACUCCUCCUCCUUCCUUCUCUCUGUGUGCUUAAUAAAAUGGCAACCGUUCAAGUUUCUACCACUAGCAUGACUUGUAAGGCGGUUCUUAGAAGCCAGCCCACCAACAGGCCCAUCACUAACAAACUCUCCCUUGGAUCAGUCAACAAAGUCUCGAGAUCCUUUGGCUUGAAAUGCUCAGCCAACUCUGGUGCCACCAUGUCAGCAGUGUACAAGGUCAAGCUCAUCGGACCCGAUGGCCAAGCAAACGAGUUUGAGGUCCCAGACGACCAGUACAUAUUGGAUGCAGCUGAAGAAGCUGGAGUUGACUUGCCUUACUCUUGCAGAGCCGGUGCCUGUUCCACCUGCGCCGGUAAGAUCGAGAAAGGUCAAGUUGACCAGGGUGAUGGUUCGUUUCUUGAGGAUCAUCACUUUGAGAAAGGUUAUGUCUUGACUUGUGUGGCUUACCCGCAGUCUGACUGUGUCAUCCAUACCCACAAAGAAGAUGAACUCUUCUAAGCCCUGGUUCUCUCGGUUUGGUGGUAGUGAUGCAGAUUGUUGAUUUUGAGUUAUUAUUAUUAUCGGUUUCUAAAGGUAUGCUUUUGUAUGAAAAACGUCUCAUGUUAUGCCUUACAGUGUUCGUCAAUCUCUGUCACCGAGUUGCCACUGGUUAAUAAAAGGGUUUAAGUAACCAAUCUUUAUGGUUUCUA